AUGGCUGCUGGAAGAAGAAACAGAAACAAAGUCAAGCCAUCCUUUUGUUCUGUUCAGGAAAAGAAUGUUAACAUUUCUCUUCCUGCAGCAUCAGUUGAUAUCCUGAAGCAAGUUUUAAUGGCAAGAGAGCCGAGGGCUAGCGCGGUUUCAGUCCCUCGUUGUUCUGCUGGCCAUGCAGAGUUGUCAACUGAUGGCAUUCUGAAAUUGGCUAGAGAAAAACUAAAUAGAAGGAAGGGUAUUGAUGUAGCUGCCAUUUUGUUUGGUGGCUAUUCUGAUGAUCACCCUAAUUCCAUCCUGUCGCCUCAGAAGUCCGAUGAUUUUGAACUUGCAGAACUGUUUCAAGGUGCUGUUCUCAGGUUCUCAAAGCGAGAGUUUGAGAAGGCGAAAUGGUUGCUGAAUAUAUGUCAAAGUUCUGCUUCACCUUCUGGUAAUGCACUUCAUAGGAUUGUAUCUUAUUUUUCAGAAGCCCUGCAAGAGAGGAUUUCUGUCGAACUUGGGUUGAAGUCAGCGGCGAAUGCUUUGGAAAUGAACCAUAGCAAAAUUUCAGUUAAGAAUGCGGCUAAAUAUCUGCAUCCUGAAUUGAUAAAGAGUCAUCUGUCACUUCCUUUCUGUCAAGUCACUGAUUUCACAGCAAUCCAGGCCUUAGUGGAUAAUGUGGGAUCAGCUAAAAGGGUUCAUUUGAUUGAUUUGGGAAUCAUGAAUGGAUCAAACUGGCCUAUCAUGAUCCAAGCUCUUGCUGCUAGGCAUGAACCAGUUGAACUUCUGAAGCUAACUGCAAUUGGAACACCAGAAGAUUAUAAAACAGGAAAGAUGUUGUCAUCUGUUGCAGAAUCUAUGAACAUUCCCUUUGAGUUCAGACUGAUUGUAUCAGACCUGAAAGAUCUUAGGGAAGACAUGUUUGAGUUAUCGGAUGAUGAAGUGCUAGCGGUAUACUCAGAACUGCGGCUUGGGAGUUUGCUAUCGACGCCUGAUCACUUGGUAUCUCUUCUGAGAACUAUUGAGAAGCUCAAUCCAUGCGCGAUGGUUGUGAUUGAAAUUGAAGCAAGUACGGACACUCCUGUUUUCCUGGACCGUUUUGAUGGUUUGCUUUCCGUUUCUGCUGCUUUUUUCGAUUGCCUUGAAGAUUGCAUGGAGCGCGAUAAUCCUUGUAGAGCGCUCAUAGAAGGAGGCCUUAUCUGGGAUGCAGUUAGGAAUGUUAUCAUCUGUGAAGGUGAGGAAAGGAUUAUUCGCCAUGAAAGGCUUGAAUUCUGGAGAGGUUUCUUGACAAGAUUUGGCUUCGUGGAAGUCGCGCUGAGCGAUACUGCAUUUUAUCAACUAGACAUGGUUUUAAAGAGAAAUCCUCGUUGGGUUUCUUGCAAUGUGGAUAAAAAAGGCAAAGGCAUCAUCGUUGGGUGGAAGAAAACACCGAUCAAGUCUCUCUCAGUUUGGAAAUUCCAGCAUGAGUAA